GCUCACGCUCAUCACGCUUUCCCAAAGCACACCAAGCAUCCCAAGCUUGACUCAGCAAAAAGCCCCAAGCUGGUGAAGGACCAAGCUGGUGAAGGUGCCCACUUCUCAGCUCCAUCCAACUCGCUAUCCGUGCUCCUUUCUUCAUGGGCCCCUGGGAGGGGAGGGGGCCCAGUUCUCCCCUGUCGCUCGCUUGCUUGACGCCAACAUGUGCGAAAGCAAGGCAUCCUAAUCAUCACCCAUCGCAUUUCGACGCGGCCAUGCUCGCUCCACCCAAUCACCAAAUUUGCAGCAUGCAGCGCCUGGGAAAUCGAAGGAUCUGGAGCGCCUCAUCGUGCAGGACAGAGACUCAGAGACGGUUGAGCAUGCAGGGAUGUCUGAGACUUCUGGCCGCUCCCAUGUCCAGAUGCUACUACUGUACAGUAGUAUUUUUCUUACGAACGCUUUGCGCUUCAGUAGUACGGAGGAGCAGGUGGUCUGCGCUUGGCGAUAUCUGAGACUGAUCAAGAUCAACAUGUCUGACAUUUUGGCCCACGAC